AUGAUAAUUAACCUAACAUUUGGCGAUAGUAAUUUGUGUUCGUAAAUAAACAAAUCCGGUUUUUGUGUCGCGUUUUUGAAAUUAUUGUGGUUGUUUCGAACUUUUAUGAAUUUAUAAAACUGACCAGUCAUGAGCCGACGUAAGAAAGUCAAGAACUUUGACAUUAAAGACGAGAAAGAGGAAAAACCCAUUUCAACGGAGCCGGAGGCUCUAGACGUUCAAGAUAAGCCAAAAGCGGCGGUGAAUGAAAAGCGACCGGGCCCCAGCACUAGCAAAGGAAAUGCGACUAGGAAAGAUAAAAAAGAUGACUCAAAAAAAGAAAAAGAUGAUGAUAAACAAGAUAUUGACUCGGAGCUUGAUGACCCGGUUAUUAAGGAACUAUUUUCCGGCCUUGAUGGGGCUGCUUUUCAAAGCAGGAUGCCUUUCGACAAAUUGACUUCAACAGAGGCUGCAAGUUUUCCUGAUAUUGCCAGUGCAGCUCUACAAACAAUUAAAGUCUACUUGAAUAUACGAAACCGAAUACUCCAAAUGUGGCUGAAUAAUCCAAAACAACAGUUGAUUUUGGACAAUGUCAUUGAAAAUAUGGAGCCCCCCUUCAAUAGUGACCUGCCGCUGCUCAAGAGAAUUCACGCGUUUUUAGAGAGGAACGGAUUUAUUAACUUUGGGAUUUUUAAAAGAUUGCAACCAAUUCCCAGCAAAAAAUAUGGCAAAGUUAUUGUGAUUGGGGCAGGCAUCGCUGGACUGGCAGCAGCUCAACAACUUCAACAGUUCGGCUUGGAAGUUAUCGUUUUGGAAUCUCGAGACCGAGUUGGUGGACGGAUCGCUACUUUUAGAAAAGGGGACUACAUUGCGGACCUGGGCGCUAUGGUGGUAACUGGCCUUGGAGGCAAUCCAGUAACAACGCUAAGCAAGCAGAUUGAUAUGGAGCUGCAUAGGAUUAGGCAAAAAUGCCCCCUGUAUCAGUCCUGUGGCAUUACAGUCGAUAAGGAUAAAGAUGAAAUGGUCGAGAGAGAAUUCAAUAGACUGCUUGAGGCAACAUCAUACCUCUCGCAUCAGCUGGAUUUUAACUAUGCUGGAAACAAGCCCGUAAGUCUGGGACAAGCAUUGGAAUGGGUCAUCAAACUUCAAGAGAAACAUGUGAAGGAAAAGCAAAUCAAUCAUCUGAAGUCGGUGAUUGAGCUUCAAGACAAACUGAAGGAAAAUCACAAUUCCCGUAUACGCAUUAAGGAAUCCAUGCAAGAAAUUCAUGUCAAAUUUAAAGAACUGUCUGAUCUUGACGACAAAAGGGAUUUGGAUCAGGAGUUUGAGUUCAGGAGCGGUCGAAGGGACCUGAAUGCUCUAGCUAGAGAAUGGGAUGAACUCAAAGUGGAGGAAAAAGAUAUUGAGGCCAAAUUGGCCGAGUUAGAAGCGUCACCACCAAGACUGUUCAAUCGGACAGCAAAUGAUGUGUAUUUAUCUUCGCAAGACCGGCAGAUAUUGGAUUGGCAUUUUGCCAACUUGGAAUUCGCGAAUGCGACACCUUUAUCGAACUUAUCAUUAAAGCACUGGGAUCAGGACGAUGACUUCGAGUUUACCGGAAAUCAUCUAACAGUUCGGAAUGGCUACUCCUGCGUACCGGUGGCUCUAGCUGAAGGACUGGACAUCAAAUUGAACGCAGCAGUUAAAAAGGUCGAAUACAAUCAACAAGGUGUCGAGGUGACUGUUUACAACCCUCGCAAUCAACAGGCAAUCAACACUUACCGUGCUGAUGUUGCGUUAUGUACUCUGCCACUUGGAGUGCUCAAGCUGAGUGCGGUUUCAAGCAGUGGCCAAUUAAACACCGUACAAUUCAGCCCGCCCCUACCAGACUGGAAAACUUCCGCCAUCCAGCGUUUGGGUUUCGGCAACUUGAACAAGGUGGUGCUGUGCUUCGAACGGAUUUUCUGGAACCCGCAGGCAAACCUGUUCGGACACGUCGGAAGCACUACCGCUAGUCGUGGCGAACUUUUUCUGUUCUGGAACCUGUACAAGGCGCCGGUUUUAUUGGCGCUUGUGGCUGGGGAAGCUGCUGCCAUAAUGGAAAAUGUUACAGACGAUGUCAUUGUGGGACGGUGUAUCGCAGUCCUUCGUGGGAUUUUUGGACAGUCUGGAGUACCUCAACCCAAGGAAACGGUAGUAACUAGAUGGAGAGCGGAUCCAUGGUCGCGUGGUUCCUACAGCUUUGUUGCAGUAGGCAGUUCAGGUUCCGAUUAUGAUUUGUUAGCCAGUCCCGUCAUCCCACCUGGUACGCAAGGAACAUCCACGGCUUCAGGGCCUGCUAAGGUAUUUUUUGCCGGGGAGCAUACCAUUAGAAAUUAUCCUGCAACCGUUCACGGAGCCUUUUUAAGUGGGCUUCGGGAGGCCAGUCGAAUUGCUGAUCAAAUUAUUGGAAAUCCUUGCCAGCCCCAACCGGCCGAAGACAAGAAUUAGAUUCAGAUCAGUUGGGAUAUUAUUUUGUUAAAUGCCAUGUAUUUAGAGUAUUUUUGUGCAUGUUUAGAACGGUUGAAAGACCUGAAUUUUUGAAAUUUGUUGAAGGUAGUUCCUAUCUACUUGCUGUAAACAACGUGAUUUUUAUGUGGUUUCAAGUAUGAAGUUUUAACAUUGUUCGAACACAGUGGGUUUGUUAAAUUGUCUGUUUAAAUCAGCUGUAAGAUCCGUUUAUUGUCAACGGAAAAAUCAUGCAAAAUGCUUAACAUAAGCUUAAUUCAUAUUAAGUAAUUAUGUAAAAUUAAUCAUUAAUUGUAUACCAAUUGUUUGUAAUUCUGUAACUUAGAUUUAUAUUCCUAAUGAUUAAGAAUUUUUUGAAGAUGUUCUCUCGCAAUCUCUGUGUCGGUCGUUUUUUCCAUAGUGUUAAAUUUUUCUGACAAUUUUUUAAUAAAAAAUGCGCCAUUUUAAGAA